AUGAAUAUUUUAUCCAUAACCUUAAAGAAAAAUAGAAUUGCAUGCGUUCAAACAAUAUGCUGGAAAAAAGAAAUUGCAACAUAUUUUCUUGAGUCGAGAAAAGAGAAAAUUAACAAAGAGGAUUUUGAAAAUUGCACAAUUAAUAUCAAGGUUAAUAGGAGAGACAUUGAUUACUGGAAUAAAAAAAGUUUACAUCAAACUGAAAAAUAUAUAGUGAUCUAUACUAAUUUUAAUUUAAAAAAUAAAAAAUUUUGUGAGAUUGCAGCACAUUGUACUUCACCAACUUCGAUUGAAACAAAAUUAGAACCUCCCAACAAUAUGGAGAAAAAAAAAAAAAAAAAAUUUAAAAAAAUGAAUGAAAAGAAUGAAUUUAAAAAAGAUAUUACUAAAAAUGUUAGUAUAAGAAAAAAUUUAGAAAAUGAGAAAAUAUCACAUUCUAUUAAUAAAUAUAAUGAAAAGAAAAAAAAGGGAAAUUGUAUAAAAAAUGAUCAUAUAAAUUCAGAUAAUAAAUAUGAAGAUUAUUGUAAUAAUACUGAUAAUAAAAUUGAUGGAAAAUAUUGUGAUGAACACAAUUAUACAUAUGUAAAAAAUGAUAGUAAAACAACAAUUUAUGAUGAAAAUUUAAAAAAAAAUGUGUUCAACUGUGAUGUGCAUCUCCUAUUUUAUAAUUUUUGCCGAUUCUUUAAUUGUAAUAAUAACCAAGAAUUUAUAAAUGACGAAACAUUCAAGUCAGAAUUAACAGUUGAUUCAAAUAAUUCAAAAACACAAGAUUUUUAUUAUAAAAAUGAAUUAUAUCUUGAAUGGGGUCAUUUAAAUUCUGCUGGAAAUUCAACAGAUGUAAGUAAAAAAGAUAGUGUUACAUGUUUCAAUGAAUCUAACAAAAUUAAAUAUCCAGAAUGUCAAAAAAACUAUAGUACUUUAGAAAAUAUAAAAAUAAAUAAUAAUACUACUGAAAAUUAUGAAAAUUCCCUAAUAGACUUACCUUAUUCUGAAAUAAAUAAUUAUGAAACUAUUAAUGAAAUUUUGAUAGACGAUAAUAGAAAAAGUGAAAAAUAUUUUAAAACAGAAAGCUUUAAUAAAAUGUUGAGAAAUGUAUAUAAGGAUAACGAAGAAAAGAGAAUCAGUAAUAGUAAUUUAACUGCAUACUAUGAUGAUAUGAGCAACUUAGGUAUGACUUCACUAUUAACAAAAGAGAUAUCAAACAAAAUAAAUUAUCCUAUUAAUGUUGAUAAAAAUGUUGUAUUUAUACAAAUUCAGAAUUUUUCUCAAAAAAUUGAUGAAUAUAUUUCAGACGAAAAAAUUUUCAGAGCACAAAAAUUAAUUGAUCAUGUAAAAAAAUAUAUAGAGUAUUAUAUUAACUAUUUUAAAAAAUUAAAUGAAAAAGAUGUGGUAGAAAAAUUAUUAAAAUAUUAUGAUGAAAAUUGCAUGAAUAAAAAUAUUAAAUAUAAUAUUAACAAUUUAAAAGUGAAUAUUAUCCUUCAUUUUUUAAAUUUUUUUCGUUUAAAUGAAAUGUCAAGUAUAUUAAAUGAUUAUUGUUAUUAUUUUUCUAUAGAUACAAUGAAUAGCAUAGUAUCAGACACCUUAAGUGACCCAGUUGAAAAUAACAAUUCUACAAAAUACUAUGAAGAUAAUAAUAUUAACUUAAAACCUUCUUUAUAUUCUUUUGCUAAUUCUGAUUUAGGUAUUCCUUGGAAGUCAAUAAAAUGCUUUAGCCUACCAGAAAGUGGCAAUAUAUCUAAAAUAAAUAGCAAUAGUAAUAUUAAUAACAAUGAGAAUAAUAAUAAUAUCACUAACGGGAAUAUUAAUAAUAACAGCUUUAAUAAUAAAAGCAAUAUAAAUAACAUCAAUAAUAAUAAAAAUAAUAAGGUUAUUGUAGAUAAAAUGUAUCAUCAACAAUACAUUACAUCCAAUAUACUUACAUCUAGUAAUAUUUUAGAAAAUGAACAAAACAUUAGCAAUAAAAAUAUAAACAUAAAAAGUAACCACCGUCAUAUGGUAAAGAUAAUACAAAAAUAUUCUAAAAGAUUUAAGAAUUUUAGAAAAAUGAAGCAAAAUAGAGAAGGUUGGAUAAAGGAAAAUGAUAAAUAUCUUGAUUUAUGGCAUAGAGUUGAUAAUGAAAAUAAUAUUUCUGUACAUGUUAGAGCUAAAUUGCCAUAUGAAGUUAAUAGAAUAUUAUCAAUUUUAAAUGAAACCGAAUUAAGUGUAAAUUGGGCUCCUUUCUUAACAUCUGCAAAAAAAAUAAAACAUUUAUCAAGAGCAAGUGCAAUCAUUACGCAAUUAUAUGAAUAUCCAAUAAUUGGAAAAAAAGAAUCUUUAAUGUACUGUUUAGGUGCUAAUUCUUUAGAAGAAUUAGGAUGUAUAAUAUUAUGUUGCAAAGCUCCUCCAGAAUUAGACAAAGAUAUUUUAUUUUAUAAAAAUAUGUGUGAUAAAAUAAAAAUAAAUAAUUACGAAGAAAUUAUUAAAGUUAAAGAUGUUUCAACAAAAUUAAAAAAAAGUUAUAAAGAAGUGACUUUUUUUAAUUAUAAAUUACCAGAUCCUAUUCCUAAAAUUGAUAGACAGAGAGCAGCUAAUUUGUGUUUUUUAUUGUAUCCAUUAAAUAAUGGAAAGUCAACAGUUCUUGAAUUAUUUUUACACUUUGAAAAUGAAUUUAAAUAUACACCUAUUAAAAUGGUUACAUAUUUUAUUAAAAAAAUUGUUAAAAAUAUGUAUGAAAAUAUUAUUAAAUCCUGUAAAAAUUAUGAAAAUAUAUACUCUGAUUUCUUACGAAGAAAUUCAGAAUUUUAUGUUUGGCUAGAUGAUCAAAUUAAAAAAUUUUUGAAAAGCAAGCGUGAUGCAAAAUUAAUAGAUUCAAUAAGUCUCGAAAGUUAUAAUGAUCAAGAAAAUAAUGAAUAA